AUGUCUUGUUUGUCAGUUUUGUUAGUUUAUCCAGUCUCUGAUAUGUCUUGUUUGACAGUUUUGUUAGUUAAUCCAGUCUCUGAUAUGUGUUGUCCUGUUUGUCUUUUCUUUUCGGUAACUAGAACUUGUGGAGCAGAGGAAAGUACCCGGAGUCAUGUUCUCGUCAAACCAAUAGGAAGCAGUAAUCUUCCCUGUAAUGAAUAUGCAUUCUUGGCGCGGCAAAACCCCAAGGGAGAUGCGCUGCCAGUGGCAUCUAUUCUGCGGAAAAAGCGACCUCGGAGAUCACGUGAUGGGCCUAAUUCAGUCUCUGAAACGAUCAGGCGAUGGAAAGAAGUGAACCAACAACUGGAGCAUGAUCCACAGGGUGCAAAGAGGGCGAGGAAGCCACCUGCAAAGGGUUCAAAGAAGGGCUGUAUGCAGGGGAAAGGAGGACCUGAGAAUACACAAUGUGGAUUCCGUGGUGUAAGGCAACGUACUUGGGGGAAGUGGGUUGCUGAAAUUCGGGAGCCAAAUCGGGUGAGCAGGCUCUGGUUGGGAACGUUCCCCACUGCUGAGGAUGCUGCCCGUGCUUAUGACGAGGCAGCAAGAGCAAUGUAUGGCGCCCUGGCUCGUACCAACUUCCCUGCGCAUCCUGCACAAGCUCCUGCUGUGGCUCUACCAGCGGCAAUUGAAGGUGUUGUACGUGGUGCUUCAGCAUCAUGCGAGUCUACUACAACAUCAGCCAACCACUCAGAUGUUGCUUCUAACUUGCCGCGACAAGCUCAAGCUCUUGAGAUUUACUCCCAGCCAGAUGUGCUUGAGUCCACCGAAUCAGUUGUGCUGGAGUCUGUCGAGCAUUACAGCCAUAAAGACACUGUUCCUGAUGCUGGCUCAAGCAUUGCAAGGAGCACAUCCGAAGAGGAUGUGUUCGAGCCAUUGGAGCCUAUUUCCAGUUUGCCGGAUGGGGAAGCAGACGGUUUUGAUAUAGAAGAAUUACUGAGAUUGAUGGAAGCCGACCCAAUUGAAGUUGAGCCGGUCACUGGGGGCUCCUGGAAUUGUGGAACCAACACUGGCGUGGAGAUGGGCCUGCAGGAACCUCUCUACCUGGAUGGCUUGGACCAAGGCAUGCUGGAGGGCAUGCUGCAAGCUGAUUAUCCUUACCCAAUGUGGAUAUCAGAGGAUCGGGCCAUGCGCAACCCUGCCUUCCAUGAUGCUGAGAUGAGCGAGUUCUUCGAAGGGUUGUGA